AUGACGGGUGAGGAAGGAGUGGUGCCAGCCACCCUGCAGCGGUCCAGCCAGCAGCCAGCAGCAAUCCCAGCCAGCGGCGGUCCCAGCCAGCAGCCAGCAGCGGUUCCUGCCAGCAGCCAGCAGCGGUUCCCGCCAGCAGCCAGCGGCAGUCCCAGCCAGCAGCGAGCGUCCAGCAGCAGUCCCAGCCAGAGUCCAGCAGCAGUUCCAGCCAGCAGCCAGCGGCCAGCAGCGUUCCCAGCCAGCCUCCAGCAGCAGCAGCAGCAGCGUCCCCACUGGCCAGCCUGCCAGGUCGCCUCCCCCGCCAGCGGCAGCAGAGCUCCCGUACCGGACGCUGAGGAGACCAGUACAUCUUCACAACACCUGUUUGACAAUUUCAUUGUACCCACCGACGCCUUCGAACCAGGUCGACGCUCCUCCUUGCCGUCGUCCGACACUGAGGAACACGUGCGCAAACAACGCUCGCCACGUAGGCGCAAACGCCGUCGCCGUUCACCCACGGGCUCUCAGAGCGUUGCCACCCGCGACGACGAAGACGACACCCAAGCAGCCGACAUUUCCACGCAGAGGUCGGCGGACAACUUUCACGAUGAACAAGACGUUUCGCAGGACGGGACCACUAUGGAGGUCGCCACGCACAAUGUAACGAUCGGUGCGCCGGUUGAGACGCCUGUCUCCCCGCCGACAACUCCAGAUCUCUCUCACCACGACGCAAUUCCCAUGAACAUUGGACAGACCCACGGCACAGGAGCAUGGGCCGACGACAUUGAGGAAGGUACGCCCCCUCCUCCGGAUGAGUUACCUCCGCCAGACGAGGCUGCCUGUUAA